CGAGAGAGAGAGAGAGAGAGAGAGAGAGAGAGAGAGGCGGACUCGACCAGGUAAAGUGUAGAGAAAAAGAGAUUGAGAUUGAGAGAGAGAGAGAGAGAGAGAGAGAGAGAGAGAGAGAUGUAGGCGGACUCAGCUGACAGGAGAGAAAGGGGCGGCUGAGCAAAAGCGAGAGAGGGAGAGAGAGAAAGAAAGAGAGAGAGAGAAAGCUAGGCGGACUCGACCAGUUCGCUGCUAGCCUCUCGCCGAGCUAACGGUCGGAUAGAUAGAGAGGGAGGGAGAGACGGGAACAUGGAGCUGUCUGCCGUCGGCGAGAGGGUCUUCGCGGCCGAAUCGAUCAUCAAGCGGCGAAUACGACGGGGUCGGAUGGAGUAUCUGGUGAAAUGGAAGGGCUGGUCGCCCAAGUACAGCACAUGGGAGCCCGAAGAGAACAUCCUGGAUUCUCGGCUCUUCGCAGCCUUCGAAGAGAGGGAGCGUGAGAGGGAGCUGUUUGGACCCAAGAAAAGAGGACCCAAACUCAAGACUUUUCUGCUAAAGGCCCAGGCCAAAGCCAAAGCCAGAUCCUACGAGUUCCGAGGUGAAUCUUCCCGAAGCAUCCGUGUCUCCUACCCUAGCCCAGAGCCUCUGGCCACUCCAAGAGCCAGAGAGGGCCUGAGGGCUGUUGUCCCGACUAUAUUCCCUCCUAGCACAGUUAACAGAGGCGAGAGUGUCAGGCUCCCACCCCCAGAACCACCUCGAGAUCAUCCCUUGCCAAGGGAUGGUUUCAUCCCGACGCCAAAAAAGAGAGGCCGCAAGCCCAAACUACGCUUUAAAGAUGGCUAUCCAAGCAGCCUGCACUCAGACCAGGCGAAGAUGAGUGCAGAGGAGUCAAUGUCCGGCAUACCAUCCAAAAUGGCACGACUCGAGCUGGGGGAGGAUGAUGAGGACAGUGAGGACAGAUGUUCUGAUUUGAGGGCCAUUAAAUUGCCUCACAGAAAUCAAGCUUCUCCAGCUAACCCCUAUAAACCACACAGGAUUGUUCCAUCGCUGGAUUGGGGCCUUCACUCCAGCAGGAUGUCCGUAGGCUUGCAGGACAACAGGACUAGAGAGCACCUGAGCCAUUCGAGCCAUUUGCAUCGCAAGCAUCUAAAGCACCUUAAACACCUCAGCCAUCACAGAGCGUUCGAGGUCUUGGACCCUCCAAAGCUGCCACAGCAGAAACCCUCCCUCGUGGCAAAAAUCCCUGUGGCACGGAUACUUGGGGAGCCUGAGGAGGAAGUGGAGGAGGAUGAGGAGGAUGACAAUGAAGAUGUGUGGAACCCCUGCUUCAGCAAUGUAGAGAAGGUUGUUGUCACGGAUGUAACAACAAACUUUUUGACUGUGACCAUCAAAGAGAGCAGCACAGAUGAAGGGUUCUUUAAAGACAAAAGAUGACUCUAUUAGUAACUAAAAUUAAAACAUCAUAUAAAGUGGUGUUUUAGUUUUUUUAUAUAUAUAUAUAUAUAUAUAUAUAUAUAUAUAUAUAUAUAAAUAAUCAGUGUUGGACCAAAACCUUGGUAUGCCAUUUUUCCAUGAUAUUUUUAAACACCAGCUGCUCUUUUCAUGCUGAAGGGACCAACAGAAAUGGUCUGCAAACAUGAAUCGACUAUGUACAGUUAUGUAUUGUCCUUUCAGUUACCAUACAAGGUUUUGUUCUGACAGUUUCACACAUGCCUAAUAUAUUAGGUACAUAAUAUAUAUAUGUAAAAAAAAAACAUUGCAUAUAUAUAUGCAUUUCUUUUAUCUCCAUAAAUCUUUUAUUACCGAAAUGUUCUGUAGAUUGUAUAAAAAAUUGAGAAAAGUUUAUUCCACUUUCUGUGUUAGACACUGAAACAUGUAUUUAAAUGUGAUGGUAAAGGUGUGGAUGAACUAAGCUGAUGGACAGAGAUUUGCAUGCACUAUAGAAACGUGAGCUGUAAGCUAACACUUGUGUUCACAUGUGUAUGUUUGGCUCCUAGAGCCACUUUGUGUAAAAUAGACUAAAUUUUUAUCAAAAAUGGUAUACUAAAUAUAAGCUAAGCUACUUGUGUGUUUCCA